AUGAAGAUUUAUGAGAGGAUCAGAGACGACAUCAGGACGGAUGUCACCUGGAACCGAGUCUUCAAGCUUGGCAAGCAGGGAAUUCGUGCUGCUCCCGCGGCAGGGACAUUGUAUGUUCUCGAAAAGUUUCCCAUUAUCGGGUGGCUGCCCCGAUAUGACUAUCGAUGGGCGUUGAAUGAUGUGGUGGCCGGCUUAACGUUGGCUGUCAUGCUCAUCCCACAAGGGCUGGCGUAUGCGAAAAUCGCCACAAUCCCUGUCCAGUAUGGCUUGAUGUCGUGUUGGCUUCCAGCCGUGCUCUACAUGUUCAUGGGCACGUCAAAAGAUCUAUCGACUGGACCGACCUCAUUGAUCGGCCUUCUUACCUCAGACAUUGUCAAAGAUCUCGUGAAGGAGGGCUACACCGCGCAGCAAAUCUCGUCUGCAGUCGCUCUCAUGAUGGGCGUCUAUGGCAUGGCCUUGGGGUUUUUGAAACUCGGGUUCCUCCUAGACUUCAUCUCGUACCCUGUUCUCAAUGGAUUCAUCUCGGCGGCCGCCAUCACUAUUGGACUUGGCCAGGUGGCUAAUCUUUUGGGCGAAAAACACGUCGGCACCGGCACCGCGCACAUUAUCCAUGAUGUCUUCAGCCACUUGUCUACUUGCAAUCCGCGCGCGGUAGGUGUCGGCUUCGGCGGUAUCAUCCUUUUGCUAGCACUCCAAAAAGCCGGCGAGAAAUGGGGUAACAAGAACAGAAUCGUAUGGCUCCUAUCCAUCACCCGAGCGUUCAUCGCUCUUGUCCUGUUCACCGGCAUCAGCUAUGCUGUCAACGGGGACCGGGACUCGAAGAAUUUCCUGUUCGAUGUCAGCAAAGUCCCCUCAAUCAGUAUCACUUCUCCGAAACUGCAGAGCGGCACGCUUAUCGGCAAAGUCACAGGACGAAGCAUUGCGCCCUUCAUUGCCGCGGCGCUGGAGCAUCUCGCCAUCGCUCGCGCUUUCGGGAUGAAGAACAACUAUGUCAUUGACGCCAGCCAGGAAUUGUGCUACCUUGGCGUGACCAACUUCUUCAACAGUGCCUUCACCGUCAUGGGCGUAGGGGGAGCAAUGUCCAGAACCGCCGUCAACUCUCAAUGCAAGGUCAAAUCUCCACUGUCUGGACUUGUCACGACCGCGUUCAUCGUCCUGUCGAUCUACAAGUUCACAGGAGCACUGUACUGGGUCCCCAAGGCGACAUUGGCCGCUAUUAUCAUCAUGGCAGUAAUACCCCUCGUCGGCACGUGGAGGACAUACUAUCACUUCUGGAAGACGUCGCUAGCCGACUUCAUCGCAUCCAUGAUCGCGUUCUGGGUGUCCCUGUUCGUCAGCACCGAGAUCGGUAUAGCGUCGGCGGUCGGAUUCAAUGUUGCAUACGUCCUCCUGCGCCAGGUCUUUGUUCGCUUCAAUUCGAUCGGAUCAGACUCGCAGUCGGAACUUGCUUCUUCUCUGGAUGCCGCGCGAGGUAUGCCGGCGCGCAUCCCUUCCGACACUCGCGUAUUCCGAUUCAACGAGUCGUUGUUCUUCCCAAACGCGCUCAGGAACAAGACCAAGAUCCUCGACGACAUUCAGACCUACCAUGCUGCUGAGUACGGUCGGACGCAUGGCGAGGAAGCUGACCGCACAUGGUCUGUCGAGGGCGAGAAACGAAUCAAGCGUCUCAGAAAACGGGCCCGGACCGACGGAGAGACGUUGCCGCCUAUCAGGGUUGUCGUCUUGGACUUUACCAAGGUCAACUUUUGUGACGUGAGCGCCGUGACGUCGUUGAAGAACUUUUUUAUGGAAUUGAAAAAGUACGCGGGUGAGCAGGUCGAGGUGCGCUUCGUCGCCAUGUCGGAUAGCACCAGGCACAGAUUCGAACGGGCUGGUUGGAAAUUCUUGGAACGUGGCAAUAGCGUGCCGGCUGAGCCGUCGAGCACGACCGCGAUACGGGUCUUCAAUAGUAUCGCGGAGGCCGUCAUGGCGCCGAGGGUCUCUGUCAGCGACGAUUUUGUCGAGGUAAAGGUCAAAGGCGACGAGGAGGAAGGCGCCACCAUCACGCACCGGGAGAAGCAGUGA